AUGUUACAACAACUUUGCAAGCACCUGCGCCUGGUUGGUCUGCUGCUUGCCGCUGUGGCUGGUCUCCUCGCGGCAUUACUAGCAGUACAUCAAUUUGUGCUUCCUGUUGUCGGCUGGAUCUUCCCCUCACUGGAAUCAACAUUCUUUGACCUUGCCGUUUAUGGUGGUUACCCACAAAGGAACUAUGUCUCCCACAACUUGACUUCCCCGGACCUGCAACAACUACGAUGGGAUGACAGAUGCGACAAUGGCUUCAUCUUCAUCUCCCCUCAGGGUAAAUCGGUUGAACAUCCUGGCCCUAUGAUCCUAGACGCAAGAGGAAAUCUCGUUUGGCAGACAGACCAGUACGGACAGGCCAUGAACUUGAAGGUUCAGGAGUACAAGGGAGAAAAAUACCUUACCUUCUGGGCUGGUCUCCGAGGAUCGAGCUAUGGCUAUGGAAACUACUAUAUGCUCGACUCGUCGUACCAAGAAAGAUACCAAGUCCGUGCUGUCGGCGAAGGACUUCAAGGCGACCUCCACGAGUUCACCCUAACAAAAGACGGCUCGGCCCUCAUCACCAUCUAUAAUGCAACACAAACCGACAUGAGCGCCAUGAGGAGGCCCGUCGAUGGCUGGAUCAACAACAACCUGUUCCAGGAGAUCGACAUUGAGACUGGCAAGCUGCUGUUUGAGUGGAAUGCGCUGGACCACUUCUCCAUCAUGGACUCGUUCUACACACAUCCGAUGGCCGGAUACUGGGAGUCAAUCCCCUUCGACUGGUUCCACAUCAACAGUGUAGAGAAGGAUGAACACGGCGACUACCUCGUGUCGUCUCGUCACCUCAACUCCCUAAUCAAAGUCAACGGCACCACUGGCGAUGUCAUCUGGACUCUCGGAGGAAAGCAAAACGACUUUAAGGACAUCUCAGCCGGCGAAGCAACGAGUUUCAGUUGGCAGCAUGACGGUCGCUGGCUGGACCAGGACCAAGGCACCCUCACCGUCUUUGACAACAGCGAUGCUGGUCCCCUCCAUCUCGAUGCCUCCUACUCUACCGCCCGCAUGAUGCAAAUCAACACGACCGAUAUGACUGCAAAACUCCUACAUAAAUACAUCUCGGACCGACACACUCGCGCUGCCUCGCAGGGCUCCGUUCAGAUCCUCCCCUCUUCAAACACGGUUUUCGUUGGUUGGGGCCACUCGCCAGUCUUCUCCGAAUUUGAUAUCGACGGCACAUUGCUCUGUGAGGCUCAUUACGGCGCACAAUACAUCUCGCACUAUGGCCGGGUAACGUCCUACCGUUCGCUCAAGGCAGAUUGGGUGGGCGCGCCCGUUGAAGCUCCGAGAGCCAAAAUACAGGCUGGACGGCUUUAUGCAUCAUGGAGCGGCGCCACAGAGGUAGCCACCUGGACACUGCAAUCCGUCGAUCCUCGUACCAAUGCCGAAUUUGUUGAUGUAGAUGUUGUCGACAAGGUAGCAUUCGAAACCUCGUUCAUCUUGCCUGAGGCAGACUCACGAACGCAAUAUCGUGUCAUUGCAUCUGACGACGACGGCAACAUUCUCGGAACCUCGGAGAUCGCAACAGAAGACACAACAGAAACACCGAAGAGUGUAUGGAGCGUGUUGCUCCCGCUUGGAGGUGUCUUUGGUGUACUCGUUGGUUUCUGGGCCGUGAGACGCUUUAGCAAGGGAGAGCGUGUCUUGCCCAAAUGGAGGCGGACAAACAGUUACUCGCACAAGUACAGCCGCUUGUAA